AUUUUUUGUACUAAUGCAAUGUGGUCUUUUAUGAGUUGCAUGGGGGUGAAGUUUUAUUAUGAGGCAAAGCCCCCCUAUACGAUACGAGGGAAAUAGCAUGUAUCUAAUAUGGGCCAAAAUACAUGUAAAUUGCCCUGUCAAGUGAAAAAUAGCAUAAGUUACACUCAUCCAGGACCACAGAGUGAAAACCUGAUAUCAUGGGAUAAAGGUCGUUUUGCUGUAAUGGCAGAGGGAUGGAAACAAAUAGUUUAGUUAGGUUUUUAAUGAUAUUUAAUGAUAUCAUGAUAUGCGCAUGUCUGUCUCUAAUGUACUCCGUGUUUUAUAGACAUAUUACAUGUGCUGAGCACCUUUGUCAGAAUUCAUGCAACAUGAAGUAAAAAAGAUAAAAUUACCCCCCAAAAAAGUUAAAAACAUAAAAUGUAUCAAUCUCCCUCCAGUUGUGCUGAAUCAUAUAAACAUAUUAGAUUACUGUCGCUGUUUGUGUCUCCGAUGAUGGAGCCCGUGAGUCCGCGCGCUCGGCUCCUCGAGGAGCCUGAAGGAGCGUGAGCUGUGAUUGUUUUCGGCCCAUUCAUUCCUCGGAGGGGCGGAGUCAGCGGAGCCAGAGGGGGGUCAUAACAAAAUGUGUGUCCCCGGCUAAAGCAACAUGAUUUCCGCCCUGCUCCGAUGCCGUCCCGGGUGUCUUCUCCGUGAGGAGCUUUAAAGUGACUCUGUAGCGAGGCUCGUGACUGACAGUCUGCUCUCCGCCUCUCGCUCCCCGCCGUCUCCACCGAGCUCAGAGGAUGGAUACAAACUUCUCAGCGGCUGCUGUCUCGUCAAUAGUCCUGCUCGCCGUCGCGUUGUCCACCUCCACUGCCUUCCUGGAGCCCUACGACCUGCUGUACGACAACGCCGUGCAAGCGUUUUACAACAGCGACUAUCACAAUGUGGUGCGCUACAUGGAGGGAGCGCUCAGCAGCUACGCGGAGGUCCGGCGCACCAGGGUCCGGUGCCGGCUGAUGUGCCAGGACCAGCAUCCGUUUGAUGAGACCUUCACGGACCUGCGCUUCUCCGACACGGUGCUCCGGAGAGCGGCGUGUAUGAACAGAUGCAUCGAGGAGAAGCUCGGCUCGCAGUCCGUGCACAAAGUGAGCGAGGAUGUAUUGCAGGACUUCCACAGGAGGAUCCCCUACAACUAUCUGCAGCUGGCUUAUCAGAAGUUGAAGCAGCCAGACAAGGCAGCGGCGGCGGCUCACACCUACUUCCAGGCCAACCCAGAACACGUGGAGAUGGGUCAGAACCUGGAGCAGUACAAAGACCUGCAGGGCGUUGAGGAGGAGCAUUUUGUGGAUCGAGAGGCCCGGCCUCACCAGCGCUCCUUCACUGCAGCGGUGAAGUUGUACAACAGUGGCGACUAUGAGGCAGCCAUCGGUCUGUUUGAGGAGGCUCUCACAGAGUACUAUAAAGCAGACGUGGAGUGUCGGGCCCUGUGUCACUGGCCGCAGAGGUUUGAAGGCUACGACUACCUCCGCUACCGUUACAGCCUCUAUGAAGUCAUAUCAGAUCACUUCACUCAGGUGCUGCACUGUGAACAUGAGUGUGUUCGAGACCUCGCCAACCGGCCGGGCCGCCUCUCACCCAUGGAGAACUACCUGCCUCUGCACUAUGACUACCUGCAGUUUGCCUACUUCCAGGUGAACAGACUGGAGGAGGCGCUCCAGUGUGCUCUGACCUACCUGUUGUUCCACGAGGGAGACGAGUCCCUCAUGGAUAACGUGGACUACUACAGAGAGGAGCUGGGACACGAUAGCAAGCCGAGAGAGGAAGCUGUGUGGUACCUGAGGAGGCACAAACAGGAACUGGAGCUCCUUCUGAUUGGCAGUAAAACCAUGGGUGUGGAAUUUACUGAAGGGAAUUACUGGAGCGGCUCAGGUGGACGAGACGACUCCAACAGGAUUCCCUCUGGUACAGACGGCUGGAUGGAGUAUGUUCCUAUCUCAGAGAAGAGGAACAUCAGUGAGGCUGCUCCACAGCAGCUCAAAGAAGGAGGCCCGUUGGUGUAUGACAGCGUGCAGCUGGUGCAGAACUCAACAGCCUUGAAUGGGACCCAGCGUGUGCUGCUGGACCACGUCAUGUCCGAGGAGGAGUGUUCGGACCUCAGACAUCUGGCACAUGCGGUCACCAUGGCAGGAGACGGCUACAGAGGGAGGAUGUCUCCACACACUCCCAAUGAGAAGUUUGAAGGAGCGACCGUGCUCAAAACCCUGCAGCAUGGCUUCGAGGGCAGAGUGCCGAUGAGGAGCGCUCGCCUGUUCUACGAUAUCAGUGAGCGAGCGAGACGGAUUAUCGAGUCGUACUUCCUGCUCAACUCCACCCUGCACUUCUCCUACACACACCUGGUGUGCCGGACGGCCAUCACAGGUCAGCAAGAUCACCGCAACGACCUGAGCCAUCCCAUCCACGCCGACAACUGCCUGCUGGACCCCGAUGCCAACGAGUGCUGGAAGGAACCACCAGCGUACACAUACAGAGACUACAGUGCGCUGUUAUAUCUAAAUGGAGAUUUUGAAGGAGGGGAGUUCAUAUUCACAGAAAUGGAUGCCAAAACAGUCACGGCAUCAGUGAAGCCCAGGUGUGGCAGGAUGGUGGGCUUCUCAUCAGGAGGGGAGAAUCCGCACGGUGUGAAGGCUGUCACCAGCGGGCAGAGGUGUGCCGUCGCUUUGUGGUUCACCUUGGACCCGCUCUUCAGAGAACUGGAGAGGCUGCAGGCGGACGAGGUGAUCCAGGCGCUGGACACACAGUCCGUGUGGGGUCAGGGCCUCAACAUCAACCCUAAAGAUGAACUGUAGAAGCAGGAAAACGGCUUCACCCGACCCCCACCCCCCGUCAAUCCAAUCCUCAUAUGUAUUUUAACUAUUUAUUGAAUUGGAUCAGAACAUUUCUAUUUUUGUACUGUUUGAAGUCCAAGAUUAAAAACUAUUGUAAUUUUUGUGUUUUUUUUGUUUUGUUUUGGUUUUUUUUGUUCCAUUGUUUUCUCUUCACACCAGUACUUGAGUUUUACCCUCUUUGCUUUCCCUUCCAGUGAGAGAAAAAAUAUCCGUUUCACUUUGUUUAGUUUUUUUGGUUUUUUUUUUUACGGAACCGGUUAGUUGGCAGAGUUUCAUGCUCAUAUCUGUAAUUUCACCGAACUGUGAAGAAGCCAAAGAGAAGAACGGUGGUUUUGACUUUUUGUUUGUUUUUGCUUUGACUUGCUCUCAUUCUGAACAGCAGUUUAUUCAAAAAACACUAUGUACAGAUAUUACAGACACAUACGGUUCAGUGGUCAGUAGUUACAAAAUAAUAUUUGGGUUCAGUCUUCACAAAAGGUACUGCUACAUAUGCUAUCACUAACAACAUUAUGCUAUUCAACAAUGUCUUUUUAUUUCAGUGCCAGUAAUGAUUAUUUUCAGUGUAGGCGGUGCACUGUUAUGUUUUGUUUUUUCUUCUAAUUUGGAUAUUUUAUUUUGAAACAGCACUCAUACAAAGACUUUAAGAAAGAGUUAUUAUGUUCUAAUAUGCUGAAUACUUAAUGAUCAUGCACUCUGUCCUCCUCUGUGUGUCACUACUUUUGUCCACUCUUCCUACUUGUUUGUUCGUCACCUUUCCGGGCACACAGAGCAGAAUACUGGUUUACAUGUUCACUGACACGAGAACAUGGUUUUUGUGUUCAUGGUUUACUUUUUGUAUUUAUGUGUUUUUUUUGUUUGUUUUUUUUAAUAAAUAGCUGCUGUUUUAACUGUCGGCGUUUUAAAUAUGAGCAGCUUUUAUUAAUAAAAGGUGUCAAUAGUUCCUGUUUCAAGGAAUACUUUUUUUAAUUUUGUUUUUCGGCCUUUUUUACGUCUUUAUAUUUGUGUUGAUGAUACAGGUGAUAUAGGCCCAAGUCAUGCACUGUAAAUCCAAUGGAAAGAAAAUUUUUUUAGAGAUAGAUUCAAACUGCUAACCAGAAGCCUAGUCCUGUUGUUUUAUGAGGUUGGCCACUCUUUUGUGUUCACUGAUAUUUAAUUCUGAAAUGCUGUAGCACACGGAAAUGUAUGUGUACAUGCCUAUAAAUUAAAAAAAAUAUAUAUGCCAUAUC